GCGUCGCUGCAGGUGGCCGCCAGCAAAUGCUGUCAUGCCGCUGCCAUGCCAGCCGGCUGCCCGGAGCCGGCCGCUGCUGGUCACGACGUGGUGCCUGAUCAAGUUCGGCCGUUGCUCUUCGCGCCUAGGACUCGCGCUGCUGCUGCCCCUGAUCGUCCUGCUAAUCCUGGUCGGCCGCGGACGCGCCGCUUCCUCGCAGGCCGCGACGACCCGCUACGCCUCGCGCAACGUCGAGACGAAGAGCGGACAAAUACGUGGAAUACUUCAGGAUUUGAACAGCCGACAUUUAGACCCUGUGGAAGUGUUCCGUGGGAUACCCUACGCCGCACCUCCGGUAGGAGAUUUAAGAUUUCGACCCCCGAUCUCGCCGAUACCUUGGAGCGGCGUCAAACUGGCGGACACUUUUGGCGCGGUGUGCCCGCAGAAUUAUCCGGAUCUCACCAAUAACACUGCCGCGCUUUUGCAGAUGCCGCAGGGCAGGUAUCAGCAGCUCAAGAAAAUGGUCGUCUUGCUGGCCAACCAGAGCGAGGACUGCCUUUUUCUAAAUCUGUAUAUACCCGGAAGUGGAUCUCGAGGACUGGAGGCGCCCUAUGCAGUGAUGGUGUACAUACACGGCGAAAGUUUCGAAUGGGGAUCGGGUAACUUGUACGAUGGAUCGGUCUUGGCAAGCGGCGGCCACGUCAUAGUGAUCACGCUCAACUAUCGUCUCGGCAUCUUAGGAUUCUUGAGGACUCGUCCGUUCCCCGACCGAACGAGCGGAUCCGGGGGGAAUUUGGCUUUAAAGGACAUUACGAUGGGGCUCCGCUGGGUGCGUGAAAACAUCGGCGCUUUCGGCGGCGAUCCAACGCGGGUAACUCUAAUGGGCCACGAUACUGGAGCGGCUCUGGUGAACUUGCUAUUACUCGCGCCUUACAGCAAAGGAUUAUUUCACCGUGUGGUAUUAUCCAGCGGCUCGGCACUAAGUCCCUGGGCCUCGGUGCACGAUCCAAACGAUCUCAGGGCGAAGAUCGGCGAGCAGAUGGGCUGCUCGACCGAGGGUGACGACGACAUAGCCGACUGCCUCCGAGGAGUGCCGCUCAAGACCCUCAUGGACGUGCAAUUACCGGAAAUCAGAUUCGUGCCCCGCAUAGGGCCCGGCCUGCCGGUGGACCAAAAUAAUCCCGAUCCGGGCUUGGACAUGGAGCGCGCGAGCGAUGCGUUCAUCAAGGUGCCGCUGAUCCUGGGCGUCUCCACGACCGAGUCGAAUCUCGACUUCAACAACAACGACAUACAGUUCGGUUUCGAGGAGGACCACCGAAAUCGCAUCCUGCGCACCUUCAUUCGCAACGCCUACGUCUAUCAUCUAAACGAGAUCUUCUCGGCGGUGAGAAACGAGUACACGGACUGGGAUAAGCCGGUGCUUCACCCCAUCAUAAUACGGGACUCGACCAUGGAGGCGUUGAGUGAUGGUCACACGGUCGCGCCGCUCAUGAGAAUCGCCUUCUACCACGCCAGGCGAGGCGCCAAGACGUACUUUUAUCACUUCAAUCAUCAGUCCAAGGACAGCGGCUACAUGCAGCGCCUGGGGAGCGUUCGUGGGGAAGACAUACCGUAUAUUUUCGGGCUGCCGUUGGUGGCAGGCGGGGCUUUCUUCCCGCGGAAUUAUUCCCGACAAGACCAGGGCGUUGCGGAGGCCGUGCUCACCUUCUUCACCAAUUUCGCCAAGACCGGUAACCCGAACGAACCGCACAAGAUCGAGUCGGUCGACUACGGCACGCCGAAGGAGAAGACGCGGUUCCGCGGUCUCACAUGGGAACAAUAUGAGACAGGAUCUCAGCAGUAUCUCACGAUAGCUUUGAAGCCAAAGAUGAAGAGCCAUUAUCGCGGUCACAAAAUGGCUGUAUGGCUUAAUUUGAUACCGCAACUUCAUCGUCCUGGCGACGACGACGUUUCCAUGCGGCAUCAUCACUUCCGGGAACGUGGCGAUCAUUAUUACGCAGGACCGGUUCGGGACGAAUGGUACACGCCGCUGCCGCUGACAGGCACGACUCGGACGAGUUCUUCCUCAACCACCGCCUGCAGCACGUCCACCACGGGCGAGGACAGCCUCGUCGAGGACAUUACUCCGAUUCUGGACGAUUCCGAGGACGACGCCGAGCUGCUGCAGAGACUGGCGUCUCGCCACUACUACAGCACGACCACUGCUCUCGGGAUCACCGUGGGCGUCGGCUGCAUCCUCCUGGUUCUGAAUAUGCUGAUCUUCGCUGGCAUUUAUUAUCAACGGGAUCGCGAUAAGAAACGUGCCGCCAUGGAUUGCAGACCGAAUGGACAGGAGUCCUUACCAAUGACCACCAGGUCAGCCAUGAAGCCUUCCGACAAUCCGCGACCCGCUCAAGAGCCACCCCCUUCCUACACAACCCUCGCGAGAAGUCCCUCCGUCCAGGAACAACAGCAGCAGCAGUCGUCCCAGGACGGCCAGGACUUGAGCGAGCAAUUGAGGAAAGAACAGAGAUCCGGUCACGGGACCAGCGGCAACGCCCACAAGGAUGCGAUCCCCCCGAAACCGCCUGCCAGAACCACCAGUUCACUCACCACUGCCGGUAACACUAAUACUAUCAAGAAACGCGUGCAGAUACAAGAGAUAUCUGUAUAGCAUUAGGGGUUGCCCCCAGAGGGCAACGCGCGGACAAAGAGGGUGACCUUCGUGGACGCGGAGAAGGCCACCUCGGAGUCCAGAUUUUGAACAAUGUUCCCUUAAUCGAUCGUCGGACAAUGACGCUUAAGGGAAUUUCUCGUUUAUCGCGAUUACGCGAGAACAAUUUGACUUCAGCAGGAACUUGUAAUAGAUCUUUUACAGUGUGCAUUGUGCGUGAGUUGUGGUGUCGAACCUACGUAGUCAACCUACGGUCGAGACGGCGCGUCUGACUAUAGCCGGCCGUUAUUACCGAAAAUAGCCGAUUAUCGCCAAUUGUUAUUACUUGCGACACAGUGCCGCGACAUGACUGACUUUAUAAUACGGUCGUGUUAUUAAACUGUUUUUACCGCUGGCUUGCGAUUGACUGUUACUACUUAGGAAACUUUGUGACUGGUUCUUUCUACUGGUAGAAAUAUAAGAUUGCACGUGAUCGUUAUUUCUAAUAGAGACGUGGAUUGUAUGUAGUUGCUACUUAUAAAGAGACAGGAUAUUCUCUGUUGUUUUUAAGAAAGUGAUUGCUAAAGUACUCAUCAUAACUUGUGCUAUGUUAACUACAGGGAAAUAAUGAAUUACCGAAAACAACGUCGUUACUGUUACGUUUCUUUUUUAACCACAAUUUAGUAAUGAUGUUACAUUUUUUCAUAAUGGUAACGUCAGGAUUGGAAUAUUCACUUUUAACAAGUAUUUCGUUAUCAUUACGCAUUAUUCAUUAAAAAAAAAUUUGUAACUUUACUUGUUAUCAAAGUUGGGUAAAUUAAUAUAUUU